UGCUCCUCGCAGGAAGGCGGCAGUUCACCCCGCCACCUGUCUAAACACAUUCUUUAAUACUCCUCGGUGUGCCUCUGGCAUUUUCCGGUGCUCUUCAAUCCCAUAAACAAGAGCACCAAGUCUGACUUCCUAAAACUCCAAGGAGGCGUGGCUUCGGGACCGGAAGAACGUCCGGUUGCCUAGGGAACGCUACGCGCCUAGGCGCCUGCCCAGCCACUGAUGCUCCGGCUGUGGCACAAGCUACCAAUUCACCCAACUUGUAGAAGCGGCUUUGCUCAGGAGCAGGGAUUCUUCCAAUGGAAGCAUAGAGAAGAAGGCUGAGAGACGCCCGAUUCUUAACCCAGAGACGGUUACGAGCGAGUGGCCCAUUCCUGUACCUCUUCAGCUCCUGGGCCCGCAAGACCAACCUCAAAGACCAGCUGGUUUGUAAAUAUUUGAAUCACAUUAUGGGAUUGCUAGACAGACUUUCAGGCUUGCUUGGCCUAAGGAAGAAGGAGGUUCAUGUUUUGUGCCUUGGGCUGGAUAAUAGUGGCAAAACAACAAUCAUUAACAAACUUAAACCUUCAAAUGCUCAAUCUCAAGAUAUAGUUCCAACCAUAGGAUUCAGCAUAGAGAAAUUCAAAUCGUCCAGUUUGUCUUUUACAGUGUUUGACAUGUCAGGUCAAGGAAGAUACAGAAAUCUCUGGGAGCACUAUUAUAAAGAAGGACAAGCCAUUAUUUUUGUCAUUGAUAGUAGUGAUAGAUUAAGAAUGGUUGUGGCCAAAGAAGAACUUGAUACUCUUCUGAAUCAUCCGGAUAUUAAGCACCGCCGAAUACCAAUCUUAUUCUUUGCAAACAAAAUGGAUCUUAGAGAUUCAGUAACAUCUGUAAAAGUGUCUCAACUGCUGUGUUUAGAGAACAUCAAAGAUAAACCAUGGCACAUUUGUGCUAGUGACGCCAUAAAAGGAGAAGGAUUGCAAGAAGGUGUAGACUGGCUUCAAGAUCAGAUCCAGGCUGUGAAGACCUGAAAAGAUAGUAUUUGGAAACUUCAACAAUUUUCAAUUCAAGGAAUGUAUCUUAAGGCAAACUGAAUACUUCAAAUUUUUAAAAGAUGUUUGUGCAUCUAAGAAUACUUUAUAAUCUUCUGCUUGCAUUUAUGGACUCUGAAUGAGCUUUUUAAGAACAUAGGACUGCAGGUAUGCUAUUCUGACCAUUAAUUAUAUUAAAAUUGAAUCUUUCCCCAGAAGGGCUCUGUCCACAGAAUUACCAACUUCUUGGUAAAGGUCUACAUUUGAUUGUAAUUAGAAUGUUUAAAGUCAGAGUUAUAAGCCAUCUCAAUAUCUCAUCAUGAUUUAUAAUAUCUUUAAUGCAUUUUAUUUUUUAAAUUGUCUUCUAAAAAUUUAGUUUACGAUAUGACUUUGCAGUACGAUUGUGCUUGGAAGAACUUUAUUUAUAAGGGACCAUGGGUAAUUAAUAUAUACAUAAAUUUUUACUAUAUGUCACUGUCAAUAAAACAUUAUAUGCAAUAUACCAACUAGUGUGCUUUGUUUAUGCUGAAAAGAUUAAUGCUGUGUUAACUUAAUAUUUAGUGUUUUAAUGUCAAGCAUUUGUAAAUUAUCUGAGACCAAGUGAAGCUGAAUUUAUCCAUCCAGUGAAUAUGUAUUGAACCUCUCUGCACCUACUCUAGUUUGUCAUUGUCCUAGGCAAC